ACAGACCGGCCGGCAAUAAUCGAGUUUUUAUCGCAAGUUACACAACCGUAGAGCUGACCUUAGAUGUUUGCUUCGAUUCUGCAAAGAUUCGUUCGCAUAUCAGCGAACGAGAUAUAAUUACGUGGCAGUAAAUUGUUUUUGCACAAAACGAAUCUGAUUGUUACAGAAUAUAUACAUAUUUGCAUAUUAACGAAUUCAUAAUAAAUCAAUAAUGGAUGUAAACAUAGUAUAUUAUGUUUUACUUUUUCAAUCACUUUUUAUCGGAUUGACAAGCUUAUUAAUUAAUUAUAUGGAACCCUAUUUACCUGUUUUUAUAUCUCGCGGUUUUCGCUUUGGGAGAAGUAGCUCGAAAACUCACCACUCUUUAUUAGCAAAACUUGAAAUAUCCAAAAAAUGCUUCGGACAUUAUUAUAUAAUCUCUGGACCAAUACUGUUAUUUUUAUUUUGCUUUGCGUUAAACAAAUAUUUCUACAAUGAAAAUGCUCCAGAAAUUGUGCUCUCAUUAUUGGAUACAUUAUUUGGAACAUCAAGAAAGGCUUUAGUAUCAGUGGAAAGUGUAAUUUUAGCUAUUUUCGUGUUUUCCAUACAUAUCUGGAAACGAAUAUAUGAAAUGUAUUAUAUCUGCGUAUUUAGCGAUCAAAAAAUAAAUAUAUUCCAUUAUAUACUUACAUUCUCACAUUAUACGAUGACAUUAGUAUCUCUAAUUGGGGAAUCUGAAGGUUUUGUUAGAGGCUCGCACACGGAUUUGUCCUCGCAUAAAUUGACAAUUGCACAAUUGGUAUGCGCAAUUAUAUUUUUAUGGUCGACAUAUAUACAACUUAAAAGUAAUUUUAUUCUUGCAAGCUUACGUAAGAAUCAAUAUGGUGACGUUGUGACUAAAGAGCACAAAAUACCGAUCGGCGGACUAUUUAAUUACAUAUCAAAUCCGUUGCAACUAUCGGAAAUAAUAAUAUAUUUAAUGUUGUCUGGAAUCCUCUGGCAAGCUUCUACAUUUCAUUAUGUCACUCUUUUUGUUAUGAUAAAUCAGAUCGAAUGUGCAAUUUUGUAUGAUCAAUGGUAUCGAACCACUUUCAAGAAUUAUCCAAAAGAGAGGAAAAUUUUGAUUCCUUACAUUUGGUAAUUUAAAGCAUGUAUCUUCGACUUAAUGUUUCUCGGCAUAAGGAUAAUUAAUAAUCUUAUAUUAUAUUAUAUUAUAUUAUUAUAAUAUAAGAUUAUUAAAUAUAUUAUAUAUAUGAAAUAUAUUAUAUAUAUAUAUAUUGUAUUGCACGUGUAUACAAAAGAUUUAUUUUUAA